GACACACCUCACCAUACUCUCUCUCCCUCCCUCCCUUGUUUCAGAAGCUUCACCUCUCAAACUUUAUUACUCUCAACUUUUGAUCCACACACAUACAUAAAGGUGUAUUCACUGUGUGUACCAAAAAAACCCUCAAAUACUUCAUUCUUGCAAUGUGGGUGUUACUCAAUUAACAUCGAGUUUCAAUUUUGACAAAUGGGUAUGUAAGAAAUGUCACACUUUUCAAACAUUUACUCUUGAUCUACAGUUCUACACACACAUAAAGGUGUAGUCACUGUGUGUGAUAAUAUCUCUCAAAUCUUUCAUUUUUCCAAUGUGGGUGUUCUUUAGAUAAUCUCAAGUUUCGAUUUUGACAAAUGGGUGUGAGAAAAAUCCAACAAAACAAUCUGGGUUCGGUUGUUCUUGACCGUCACUCCGAUGCCGGAAACUUUAAACUAUGGUCAUCUUGUCGCCGGAAAAUCAUUGACACUAUGACUUGCGGCGGCGGUGGGUACCGGCACCGUCACACCGUUCACUCACCGGUAAAGGAAAAGAAACCGGAAUGCAGAUCUGAUGAAAUUAAGAAAAGUGACAGUUUUAAGGAUACUGAGAAUAUCAAGAAUAAAAAGUCGGACAAGCUGUCGGAGUUAUUAAGGAUGUCGGAAUUAUGGGAAGAAGAAGAAGAAGCAGUGAAGAAAAAAGUUGAAGUAUUGGAAGAAUUAAAAAGUGUGGUGAAGAGAUUACAGUGUGGUGGAAACGACGACGUUUUGGGUGGGGCGAAAGAUGUGAGGAAAUUAGCAAAAGAAGAUAGUGAUGCUAGAACUACAUUAGCUCUGCUUGGUGCAAUUCCUCCGUUGGUGGGAAUGCUUGAUUCCCGGGAUCUUGGGUUUCAUAUUGCUGCUCUUUAUGCCCUUCUUAAUCUUGGAAUUGGAAAUGACACGAAUAAGGCUGCUAUUGUGAAAGCAGGGGUAGUACACAAGAUGCUUGAUCUAGUGAAGUCUCCAAAUGAAGGUGUUAUUGAUCCUGAUUUGUCUGCAGCAAUUGUAGCCAAUUUUCUUGGGUUGACUGCACUUGAUUCAAACAAACCGAUUAUUGGAUCUUCGGGUGCAAUUUUGUUCUUGGUUAAAACAUUCAUGAGUUCAAAUGAAGGUAAUGCCAAUUCACAAGUUGUUCAAGAUUGUUUGAGGGCACUCUACAAUUUGUCUAUUUUGCCUUCCAAUGUUUCACCAAUGGUUGAGAUUGAUGAUUUUGUUCCAUUUCUUAUGGCCACAUUGGGAGAUAUGGAAGUGAGUGAUAGAAUCUUGUCGAUUUUGAGCAAUGUGGUGUCAACCCCUGAGGGACGAAAGGCUUUAAGUGGUGUUAAAGAUUCGUUUCAGAUAUUAGUUGAUGUUUUGAGUUGGACGGAUUCACCUGAUUGUCAAGAAAAGGCGACAUACAUUAUGAUGGUUAUGGCUCAUAAGUCGUAUAGGGAUAGACAAGCCAUGAUUGAAUCCGGGGUUACAUCUUCCCUCCUUGAGCUAACCCUAUUAGGUAGCACCUUAGCACAAAAACGAGCUUCACGAAUUUUAGAAAUAUUAAGGAUUGAUAAAGGGAAGCAAGUGUCUGAAACCUUUGCUGUAGGAAGCAUGGGAGCGAAUGUUUCAGCACCCCUUUGUGGAUCUAUUGAUUCCAUGUCCGUGGGAUCAACAGACGCCACCAAGGAUUCAGACGAUAGGAUGAUGAGUGACGAGAGUAAAGCUGUUAAGAAUUUGGUACAACAAAGCUUGCAUAGCAACAUGAGAAGGAUCGUGAAGAGGGCGAAUUUACCACAAGACUUUGUGCCAUCGGAGCAUUUUAGAUCACUCACAUCUAUCUCUACUUCAAAGAGUUUACCAUUUUGAGAUGAUGAUCAUCAUAGAUGUGCUUUUGUACCUUGUCAUUAGCUUAAAUUUGUGGUUAUUACCAGUGCUGUCUUUUGUUAUUAUUGGUCCUAGACUUAGAGUACUGAUAGAAUGACCAAUGUUUUUUGGGAUCCAUAUAUUUAUGUUAGAAAUAGAAAUUCUGGUGUACAAUAUUUCUCUA